AAGUCGAAAAUGGGAUGUAGUAUAGAAUCAAAGCUGGAGCACACAUCCCCUGGACCUGGACGCACCAUUUUCUCUUCCUCUUUUGUCUCUCUAUCAAUUAUCAUAUCUACGUUACAAAAUCCUUUCACAUAUACCAUACCAUACUAUAAAUACAAUUCAACUCUGUUCGCUUUCUCGCUUUUCUCUUCUCUUCUAUCUCUGCUUCUUCGCAAUCUCAGAACAGAACACAACAGAGCCCUUCAACUCUCUCUGUCGUUGAUGGCGUCACAAGCGAGCCUCCUUCUUCAGAAGCAGCUCAAAGAUCUUUGCAAAAACCCCGUCGAUGGCUUUUCUGCCGGUUUGGUCGACGAAACCAACAUUUUUGAAUGGAGUGUAACUAUAAUUGGACCUCCCGAUACUCUUUAUGAGGGGGGAUUUUUCAAUGCCAUUAUGAGCUUUCCACCCAACUACCCAAAUAGUCCGCCAUCAGUGAAAUUUACCUCAGAGUUAUGGCAUCCCAAUGUGUACCCCGAUGGGCGAGUUUGCAUAUCAAUUCUUCAUCCACCCGGUGAUGACCCAAAUGGUUAUGAGCUUGCAAGUGAGCGCUGGACGCCUGUUCAUACAGUAGAGAGUAUAGUAUUAAGUAUCAUAUCGAUGCUUUCUAGUCCUAAUGAUGAAUCUCCAGCAAAUGUUGAAGCUGCGAAGGAGUGGAGGGAUAGGAGAGAUGAAUUCAAGAAGAAGGUUAGCCGAUGUGUGCGGAAGUCACAAGAAAUGUUGUGAUUUACAGCUUGGAUUCUCAUCUUCCUUUUGUGAACUGAAGGAUAUACAACUUAAUGUAUGGAUUGGUUCACCUGUUACUGUUGAUCCGAGUAGACUGCCGUCUUGGAAAAACAAAUUGUAUUGUAAGUGCUUGGUGACUAGUUUAUUGGAAUUUUAGUUUGUUCAUUUGCAUGACCUUAUUGUUAAAAAUAUAUAUUAGGUGCCAAGUUUUGCCUUUUUUUUCCUUAAUAUUGUGAUUGUGGAUGUUGUUGAAAUCUGAAUUUUGCCAUUUCCCUGUGUUA